AUGAGUGCCAUUCCCCUCUCUCGGUCUGAGGUGUUCGGGGAGCUGCGGAAGGAGCUGCAUGAGGACGAAGAGUUCCAUCAGUCUGACGCUCACAUCUUCAUCAUCAUGGGAGCAUCGGUGAGAUAGGGAAGAUGCGAGGGAAUGUGGGGGAAUUAGAGGCUACUUUGAUUAUUGAUGAAUGACCCUGCAAGUUUUGGCACUCCACAGCACAGGCAAUUUAAUUUUUAUAAUUACAAAAGUUGUGAAUGUAUGUGUGUGUUGGAUGCAUAUUUUAGAGAGUCAUUGAUAAAAUAAGUGAAUCACUUGAGGUUAUGAAAUACUCUGAAAAUGUGUGCCAUUUAAGACGCUUUUAUCCAAACCAACUUACAGUCAUGCGUGAAUACAUUUUACAUAUGGCGGCCCCAGCAGGAAUCGAACCCACAACCUUUGGCAUUGCAAGCGCCAUGCUCUACCGGCUGAGCCACACAGGACCAAUAUGAUGAAAUGAAACCAGUAAUCCAUUCUGAGGUAGUUUAAGAUCGAUCAAAUUUGCAUUAGAUUAACUAUUUACUAAAUGUAGGCUACCAAACUGCAUAUAUUAGGAUACAUUUGGCCUAGGCACAUAUGAGUAUUUUCCCAGAAUCAUUGUUAUUUUUUGUUCAGUUAUACCUAUUUUAUACACACUUUAUAAUAGAUUUUAGGUGGACAGAGAAGGGAACACAUUUAGUGAGAACGGUGUGUUGAAACCUCAAAACGGACAAGAGGGGUUGCACAUGACUGUUUGAGGAAAUGUAGAAAUUUCAUUGAGACACAUUACACAGAGCUUGAGUAACUAAGCAACCCCAGAAACACUUCAGCUCUCUGUAGUCUGGCCUUGAUACAAAGAGAACCAACAAUCAUGAACCUUGACAUUAUGGUUUGGACACAGACCGUUUGUUAGCCAAUCAUGGUCAGCUCAAACAGUUUGUUAGUCAAUCAUGUUGCGCAAAGACAGUUUGUUGGCCAAUCAUAGUGUAUGAACUGAUAUUUUGUUGACCAACUCAGCUUACUGACUGUAUGUUCCCCAGUCACAUAGAGAUAGCCUAACGAGUCAGAAUGUCAUAUUUCCCAUAGCCAUUAAUUCUCUCCUCCUAUCUGUACCUACAAGGAUGAUCAAUUCAGUGACUCAGUCCAGUCACUUUGAAGUUGUAUUUUCUUACAGUAUUUCCUUCUCUAGAAAUGUCACCCUCCUCUUUAGGCCUACACUGUUUUUUCAUGUUUCCUUCUUCUCUACUGGCCUGUAACACCUGCCCAGUUAACUGAUAAACUGUACUGUCGGAGAGUAGCUCAGAUGUUUCAUUCUUCCGCCCACUUUUCCAUCUAGGCUAGGUUCUCCCACUCUAUUUUCUCUUGGUUGAAAGGAGUGGUGUGAGAGCUGAAUAGUGCAGUUCCCUUUCAUAAUGAAGGUAAUAGAGAAGCAUGUUGGGAAUCAGGAUGGGGGAAGGGUAAUGGUGGUAAGGCAUAGCCUUGUGGUGUCUGGUGGUUUUUGGGAACAGUGAUGUACUACUACAUAGGUUACUGUAAAAUAUGCUUUGUGUGCAAUGCUGCAGUCUGUCCUUGACACUCAGCAAGCACACACCAAUCAUCAGCUGGUGUUACAUGCACACAAAAACACACCGCAGGCACACACACCACCUCACUCGACAUGGCCUCAUUAUAGUCACUGUGCCAAUUUAAACGGUUAGUAAAUAUUCAUGAUUAACUGAAGAAUGACGAGAGACAUGUGAUUGGAGGGUGUUUGUCAAGUCGCCCUCAGUUUGGAUUUUUCUCUCAGCUGAGGCGGGACAGAAGGCCAGCAGUCAUGGACAGACUGGGGCAUAGGCUAAUGCAUAUCAGUUUAAAGGUGUAACCCAUUGAGUCAUUAAAGACACAACAACUCACUGGAAUAGGACACAAAUAAUAGUCCAUAAGGCCAUUCGGAUGAUUAUUAUGUUUAAGUUUUCCCCCAAAUGACAAACAAGUGGCAAACAAAGCCCGCUUGGUGUUCAACCUCCCUAUGUUCUCCAAUGUCACCACGCUCCUCCGCAUACUCCACUAGGUUCCAGUCGAAGCUCGCAUCAUCUUCAAGACCAUGGUGCUUGCCUACGGAACAGCAAGGGGAACUGCACCUCCUUACCUUCAGGCUAUGCUCAAACCCUACAUCCCAAUCCGAGCACUCUGUACUGCCACCUCUGGUCUCUUGGCCCUCCCACCCCUACAGGAGGGCAGCUCCCGCUCAGCCCAGUCCAAGCUCUUCUCUGUCCUGGCACCCCAAUGGUGGCACAAGCUUCCCCCUAAAGUCAGGACAGCGGAGUCCCUACCCAUCUUUUGAAAACGUCAACCUUACCUCUUUGAAAAGUGUCUUAAGUAACUCUCACUAUGACCCCCCCCACACACUUUGCUGAUAAAUACUUUGAGGGAAAAUGUACUUUAUACAAUUGUGAUGUUGUCUCACCUAGCUAUUUUAAGAUGAAUGCACUAAUUGUAAGUCACUGUACUAAUAAUCACCACACUGACAGACCUGAAUGAACGGUCUGCCUGUAGUGCCAAGCUAGCCUCUGUUUCAGUCAACAUUGUAGAGGUGACUAAUCUGGUUUUGUGUUAAUAAUGUUCAUAUGUUUCUCUUUAGGGGGAUCUAGCCAAAAAGAAAAUCUACCCAACUCUAUGGUGAGUGUGCAGCCUCUUUAGUCUUAAAAUGAGAAGUCUAUCACAGGGCAGCUGUUUGCACUGGAUUUUCGUGUAAUAAGCAGUCAACCCCUCUUUUUCUCUGAGUUGUCAAGUGAUGAGUAAAAACUCCUGUCUAAUGAGCCUCCUUUCUGUUCUCCCCCCCUCACUCAGGUGGUUGUUUAGAGAUGGUCUCCUCCCUGAACAGACUCACUUUGUGGGCUUUGCCCGCUCAGACCUCACGGUGGAUGCCAUCAAAAAUGCCUCCAUGCCCUAUAUGAAGGUGAUUCUUUCCCAUCAACACAUUAUCUAGCAUUACACAUUGAUCCACAUUUUUUACACUGAGUGAGUUAAUGCAUAUGUACAGUGGGGGAAAAAAAGUAUUUAGUCAGCCACCAAUUGUGCAAGUUCUCCCACUUAAAAAGAUGAGAGAGGCCUGUAAUUUUCAUCAUAGGUACACGUCAACUAUGACAGACAAAUUGAGAGAAAAAAAAUCCAGAAAAUCACAUUGUAGGAUUUUUAAUGAAUUUAUUUGCAAAUUAUGGUGGAAAAUAAGUAUUUGGUCACCUAUAAACAAGCAAGAUUUCUGGCUCUCACAGACCUGUAACUUCUUCUUUAAGAGGCUCCUCUGUCCUCCACUCGUUACCUGUAUAAAUGGCACCUGUUUGAACUUGUUAUCAGUAUAAAAGACACCUGUCCACAACCUCAAACAGUCACACUCCAAACUCCACUAUGGCCAAGACCAAAGAGCUGUCAAAGGACACCAGAAACAAAAUUGUAGACCUGCACCAGGCUGGGAAGACUGAAUCUGCAAUAGGUAAGGAGCUUGGUUUGAAGAAAUCAACUGUGGGAGCAAUUAUUAGGAAAUGGAAGACAUACAAGACCACUGAUAAUCUCCCUCCAUCUGGGGCUCCACGCAACAUCUCACCCUGUGGUGUCAAAAUGAUCACAAGAACGGUGAGCAAAAAUCCCAGAACCACACGGGGGGACCUAGUGAAUGACCUGCAGAGAGCUGGGACCAAAGUAACAAAGCCUGCCAUCAGUAACACACUACGCCGCCAGGGAUUCAAAUCCUGCAGUGCCAGACGUGUCCCCCUGCUUAAGCCAGUACAUGUCCAGGCCCGUCUGAAGUUUGCUAGAGUGCAUUUGGAUGAUCCAGAAGAGGAUUGGGAGAAUGUCAUAUGGUCAAAUGAAACCAAAAUAUAACUUUUUGGUAAAAACUCAACUCGUCGUGUUUGGAGGACAAAGAAUGCUGAGUUGCAUCCAAAGAACACCAUACCUACUGUGAAGCAUGGGGGUGGAAACAUCAUGCUUUGGGGCUGUUUUUCUGCAAAGGGACCAGGACGACUGAUCCGUGUAAAGGAAAGAAUUAAUGGGGCCAUGUAUCGUGAGAUUUGAGUGAAAACCUCCUUCCAUCAGCAAGGGCAUUGAAGAUGAAACGUGGCUGGGUCUUUCAGCAUGACAAUGAUCCCAAACACACCGCCCGGGCAACGGAGUGGAUUCGUAAGAAGCAUUUCAAGGUCUUGGAGUGGCCUAGCCAGUCUCCAGAUCUCAACCCCAUAGAAAAUCUUUGGAGGGAGUUGAAAGUCCGUGUUGCCCAGCGACAGCCCCAAAACAUCACUGCUCUAGAGGAGAUCUGCAUGGAGGAAUGGGCCAAAAUACCAGCAACAGUGUGUGAAAACCUUGUGAAGACUUACAGAAAACGUUUGACCUGUGUCAUUGCCAACAAAGGGUAUAUAACAAAGUAUUGAGAAACUUUUGUUAUUGACCAAAUACUUAUUUUCCACCAUAAUUUGCCAAUAAAUUCAUUAAAAAUCCUACAAUGUGAUUUUCUGGAUUUUCUUUCUCUCAAUUUGUCUGUCAUAGUUGACGUGUACCUAUGAUGAAAAUUACAGGCCUCUCUCAUCUUUUUAAGUGGGAGAACUUGCACAAUUGGUGGCUGACUAAAUACUUUUUCCCCCACUGUAUGCAUGUUAAAACCAUAGACAUAUGACAUCAUUACUAUCUCUCUGUGGUCCCAGGUGGCAGACUCUGAGGCGGAGCGGUUGUCGGUGUUCUUCAGCCGUAACUCUUAUGUCAGUGGGAAGUACACGGAGGAGAGUGCCUUCUCCAACCUCCACACCCACCUGUUGUCCCUGCCUGGGGGGAGCGAGGCCAACCGCCUCUUCUACCUCGCCCUGCCGCCCAGCGUCUACCACGACGUCACCAAAAACAUCAAGCACCACUGCAUGAGUACCAAGUCAGUAACCCUGUCAUGUCUUGCUCUGACUGCCUCUCCUCUCAAUCCUCUUCUGUGGUGUUGCUAGGGACUGGAACAGGCCUGGUCAUAUUUAAUCCACUUGCUUUAUGUAAUUGGUCUUGUCUGGGGAGAGUUGCUCAUUAGAUUAGCUUUCCCCUCUUCCGCUGUUUAAUAACCAAAACAUGCUUACCUCCCCUCCUAUCUGUGUGUUUUUAGUAGGGGCUGGAACAGGGUGAUUGUGGAGAAGCCAUUUGGUCGUGACCUGCAGAGCUCAGAGGAGCUGUCCACCCACCUCUCUUCCCUGUUCACUGAGGACCAGAUCUACCGCAUAGACCACUACCUGGGCAAGGAGAUGGUGCAGAACCUCAUGGUCCUCAGGUACAGUGCCUUGCAAAAGUAUUCACCCCCCUUGGCGUUUUUCCUAUUUUGUUGCAUUACAACCUGUAAUUUAAAUUGAUUUUUAUUUGGAUUGCAUGUAAUGGACAUACACAAAAUAGUCAAAAUUGGUGAAGUGAAAUGAAAAAAAUAACUUGUUUGAAAUAAUUAUCCAAAAUAAAUAACGGAAAAGUGGUGCGUGUAUAUGUAUUCACCCCCUUUGCUAUGAAGCCCCUAAAUAAGAUCUGGUGCAACCAAUUACCUUCAGAAGUCACAUAAUUAGUUAGAUUGCACACAGGUGGACUUUAUUUAAGUGUCACAUGAUCUGUCACAUGAUCUCAGUAUAUAUACACCUGUUCUUAAAGGCCAACUAAGCAAGGGGCACCACCAAGCAAGCGGCACCAUGAAGACCAAGGAGCUCUCCAUACAGGUCAGGGACAAAGUUGUGGAGAAGUACAGAUCAGGGUUAGGUUAUAAAAAAAUAUCCGAAACUUUGAACAUCCCACGGAACACCAUUUUAAAUCCAUUAUUAAAAAAUUGAAAGAAUAUGGCACCACAACAAACCUGCCAAGAGAGGGCCGACCACCAAAACUCACGGACCAGGCAAGAAGGGCAUUAAUCAGAGAGGCAACAAAGAGACCAAAGAUAACCCUGAAGGAGCUGCAAAGCUCCACAGCGGAGAUUGAAGUAUCUCUCCAUAGGACCACUUUAAACUGUACACUCCACAGAGCUGGGCUUUACGGAAGAGUGGCUAGAAAAAAGCCAUUGCUUAAAGAAAAAAAUUAUCAAACACGUUUGGUGUUCGCCAAAAUGUAUGUGGGAUACUCCCCCAAACAUAUGGAAGAAGGUACUCUGGUCAGAUUGAGAUUUUUGGCCAUCAAGGAAAACGCAAUGUCUGUCUCUCAUCACCCUGAGAAUACCAUCCCCACAGUGAAGCAUGGUGGUGGCAGCAUCAUGCUGGGGGAUGUUUUUAAUCGGCAGGGACUGGGAAACUGGUCAGAAUUGAAGGAAUGAUGGAUGGUGCUAAAUACAGGGAAAUUCUUGAGGGAAACCUGUUUCAGUCUUCCAGAGAUUUGAGACUGGGACGGAGGUUCACCUUCCAGCAGGACAAUGACCCUAAGCAUACUGCUAAAGCAACACUCGAGUGGUUUAAGGGGAAACAUUGAAAUGUCUUGGAAUGGCCUAGUCAAAGCCCAGACCUCAAUCCAAUUGAUAAUCUGUGGUAUGACUUAAAGAUUGCUGUACACCAGCGGAACCCAUCCAACUUGAAGGAGCUGGAGCAGUUUUGCCGUUGAAGAAUGGGCUAAAAUCCCAGUGGCUAGAUGUGCCAUGCUUAUAGAGACAUAUCCCAAGAGACUUGCGGCUGUAAUUGCUGCAAAAGGUGGCUCUACAAAGUAUUGACUCAGGGGGGGUGAAUAGCUAUGCACGCUCAAGUUCUCUGUUUCUUUGUCUUAUUUCUUGUUUGUUUCACAAUAAUAAAUAUUUUGCAUCUUCAAAGUGGUAGACAUGUUGUGUAAAUCAAAUGAUACAAACCCCCCAAAAAUCCAUUUUAAUUCCAGGUUAUAAGUCAACAAAAUAGGAAAAAUGCCAAGGGGGGUGAAUACUUUCACAAGCCACUGUACAGGACAAAUACAGGCUACACUCUGUUUUUCUAUUCUCUAUUGCAGUCUCUGUCCCUCACUCUCUUUGCUUGGAGUUAGAGAGAACAACAUGAAUAAACCUUGCCACAGACAGUUGUUUGCAUCUUUGUCCAUGUCAAUAAGGCUGAGGUUAAACAGUGGUAAAUAUUCCAGGUUUGGGAACCGGAUCUUUGGGCCUAUCUGGAACAGGGACAGCAUAGCUUGUGUGGUCCUCACCUUCAAAGAACCCUUCGGCACCCAGGGCCGGGGCGGCUACUUUGACGACUUUGGAAUCAUCCGGUGAGGAGAACUGCCUUAGUGCUCAAUGAAAUCAAACCUCAAUGAAGGCAUUUAUUUGUGCCAUGUUUGUAACUUAUCUCACCCUCAAUUCUGUAUAAACAUUUUUUUUCAGGGAUGUCAUGCAGAACCACUUGCUCCAGAUGCUCUCGCUGGUUGCCAUGGAGAAGCCUGCCUCCACCAGCUCUGAUGAUGUCAGGGAUGAAAAGGUACAGCAACAUGGACACAAACUAAAGCCCAAAACACAUGUCUUCACUUGACUCCACCAUUGGCCCCCGUCCAGAAAACGACUGAUACAAAUCUUUAAUAGGUAGUAAAACCAAACAGAAUAAACAAGUAGACUUAAAACCGAUCACUUUGUACUCACUCUCUCCCUGACCACUGUCUCCCCCUGCAGGUGAAGGUGCUGAAGUGCAUUGCCCCCAUUACCAUGUCAGAUGUGGUGUUGGGACAGUACCUUGGUGACCCAGAGGGAGAGGGGGACGCCAAGCUGGGUUACCUUGACGACCCCACUGUACCCAAAGGCUCCACCCAGGCCACCUUCACCACAGCUGUGCUCUACGUGCACAACGAGCGCUGGGAUGGUGAGAAUAAUACAUUUACAUUUACGUCAUUUAGCAGACGCUCUUAUCCAGAGCGACUUACAAAUAAUAAUAUGCCAUUUAGCAGACACUUUUAUCCAAAGCGACUUACAGUCAUGUCUGCAUACAUUUUUACGUAUGGGUGGUCCCGGGGAUUGAACCCACUACCCUGGCGUUACAAGCGCCAUGCUCUACCAAUUGAGAACCUCGGCUUUCUUUCUAUCACAGACUUGCUUGUUGUGCUUUCACUGUCUGGUCAAACCAGCUCACUCCUCAGAAAUAACUGUAAUAACUCUGUUCUUCCAAAGGUGUUCCCUUCAUCCUGCGCUGUGGCAAAGCCCUGAACGAGAGGAAAGCGGAGGUGCGGUUGCAAUUCACGGAUGUUCCGGGGGACAUCUUUGGAGCGCAGUGUCGUAGGAAUGAGCUGGUGGUGCGUGUGCAGCCCAACGAGGCCGUCUACGCCAAGAUGAUGAGCAAGAAACCAGGAGUGUACUUCCACCCCGAGGAGACUGAGCUGGACCUCACAUACAAGAGCAGAUAUAAGGUGAGAUACUGAAUGAACACACACACACACAAUCAUUCAUAGAAAACAGACACCCACACACACUACCUCGCCACGCUCACAUUUUAGUAACCCAUAUACUGGCACAAUGUUCAACCAUAUUGACAUAAUUUUCACUGUUAUCUUUUCUCUCCUCAGGAUGUGAAGUUGCCCGACGCCUACGAGCGUCUCAUCCUGGACGUCUUCUGUGGCAGCCAGAUGCACUUUGUCAGAAGGUCAGUCAGGCUGUCUUGGCUGUCUGUCUCGCUCAGAAGUCCCCUCUGUUGCCAUGGUGUUUGUGUUAUGCAAAUAAGACCAUGAACCUGCAUUAUAAUUAUGUCCACAAGAUGGUGCCAUAGGGUUUCUUUCCCCCAUUGGCUGCAUUGCAGUGUGGUGCUCUCUUUACAUUAUGUCUUCUCUUUUCACUCAGUGAUGAGCUGAGGGAAGCCUGGAGGAUCUUUACGCCUCUCCUUCAUCAGAUCGAGAGCGAGAAGCCUCCCCCCACCCCCUACAUAUAUGGAAGGUAAGAUUUACCAUUAACAGUUGAACAAGCAUUUCGCUACACUCGCAAUAACAUCUGCUAACCAUGUGUAUGUGACCAAUACAUUUGAUUUGAAGUAUCGCAAGUCAAUAGUCCCAUUCAUUUGUCAGUGAUAUUUUUGGUGUUAUUUUGUGAUUGAUUUGUUCCUUUCCUUCUUCCUAGCCGGGGUCCAACAGAAGCAGACGAGCUUUCAAAGAGGGUCGGUUUCCAAUAUGAAGGAACAUACAAAUGGGUCAACCCCCACAGACUGUGAGAGGGGGAGGGGCCAGAGCGCCGUAAAUGAGCAGCAUCGUGUUCCAAUACUUUUGUCUUCUUUGGGUCUGUGGAGUUUCUGCUGUAUUGCUCUUUCCUUUCCAGACCUGUCAGGGCAACAGUCAAGUGAGAGAUUAGGAUGUAUGUAUGGAAAGGAAGCUAUGUAAAAGUAUUGGAACAUAGACUAGGUCUCAGCUACUACAUGAAUGCUCUGUACGGUGACCUGGCGUCACUAGUGUCCAUCAGGUCUUAACUAGUUGGGAGGGCGGGAGGGAGCACUUAACCACUGGGGAAGAAGGGAGCGAGAGAGAAAACAACACUAGCCCAAUUCUGUUUCUCCCUCUUCUUCCUGAAGUGUGCACUCUUUCACUUCUCUUCAUGGAUUCAAAAGCUUGGUUGUGAUCUGAUUCUCUACCCUUCCACCGCUUGUUUCCAAAAUACUCCUCAUAUUAGUCCAUUCCAUAAGGUGGAGUGUGUACAAGUGCAAAUUUAGGAUUGGGAGAAGGGUAGAGAAUAGGACUGCUGCCAUUGAAUGGAUGUAAGCAUGGGCUAGACAAUUUCCCACUGUCUUACACCUUGAGGGGGAGUGUACAAAUACCACAUUGGUGGUGUUUUUUUGUUUUUACUGUUAAGGUUAUCCUUUUGUUUUGCUCAAGCUAUUUUGGACCAAGGAAAUCGUGUUGCAUAGUAAUAAUACUUAUUGUGACUGUGAAGUGGAUGCAGAGGUCCAGAUUUCGGACAACAUUUUAGUAACGGCAAGGUCUGUCACAGGGUCAACAUGAUGCAGUCUUUAUAAUGAUAUACUGUGUUAUAGACUGAACAUUCACAUGUUAUUUCCACAACUUGCAAUAAACCAGUCUUAUUUCUUUGUGUUCAGUCUCCAUUAAUACAGAUAUUUUGUGUUUUAAGGGGUUGGUCAAUAGAAGUAUCUUGCAUUCUUGUGACACUUGAUCAUGUGUAGCCUAUUAAACAAAAAAAAAAGGUUUUGCCGUUUUUACAUUUUUUAUAUGCGCAAUAAAAAAUUGCUUUCCAUUGCUUUGUAUUACAAUUUUGACGGUUUGUCUCAUGUAAAGAACAAAUAUAUUAAUGGCUUUGUUGAUUUGGUGCCACAGCAUUUUCAUGUGAAGUGCCUAGCCUAAUUGGCUUGGUUGACUGUCGCAGAUAACUUUCCCCAUGAUCACUGCUCAAGUCUCAUUUUAAAGCAAUUAACUUAUUCCUUAAGUUAGCCUGUUACUGCUGGGUUGGAACAAAAAACCUGCACAGCCAGUAGCUCUUCAGUACUGAAGCUGUUUUAUUCACAGUGCCUCUCACUUUGCUGUCAAACUCUUUAUAGGUUUCAUGUUACUUCUCUGUUCCCUGGCUCUGAUGUGCUUGUCCAUGCAAAUCGCAACAAUUGAUUCUGACCACGUGAGCUACAGUGCUGAGAUUCCAGUUGACAACUUGCCAUCACCGGAAUAAAACUCCCCUCAAGAAGCUUAUGUGAACAAGUAGCCAAAUGAAAAGGGCAGCCACGACACAAAUCAAUUAUUUAUUUCAAAGGCAAAUCUUUCUUUUGACAUACACUUUUUUCAAACAUACUGUGCAAGCCAUAUGUCAGUGAAAUUCAAAGGCAGCGUCAUGGUGACUAAUGGCUUCAUGGAAGGACAAUAAGGGGAAAAACUAUUUGGUUUCACAAAGCACAUAAACAGCCAAGACUUUUUAGGAAUGUGGCAUAGAAAGGCACUUUAAAUUGUUUUAACAGGUGCUAAGCAAAUCUAGCCUAACUAUACAUAUAGUAUAAGUCAAGACAUCUCAAAGGAUGCAGAGAGAUUCAGAAUUAGAAAAAAGGAGAAGGACAAUUAAUCAAACGGCCACCUGGACUAUUUACAUUGACUCCCCCCCCCAUUUGUUUUUACACUGCUGCUACCCGCUGUCUUAUCUAUGUAUAGUCACUUUACCCCUACCUACAUGUACAAAUUACCUCGACUAACCUGUACCCCCGCACAUUGACUCGGUACCAGUACCGAGUCAAUGUGUUAUUUUAUUGUUAUUUUAUUGUGUUACUUUUGAUAAUUUCUUUACUUUAGUUUAUUUGGUAAAUACACUCUUUCUUGAACUGCAUUGUUGGUUAAGGGCUUGUAAGUAAGCAUUUCACGGUAAGGUCUACCCCUGUUGUAUUCGGCGCAUGUGACAAAUAAAGUUUGAUUUGAAGGACACAAAUAGCCUAGCAUCUGCUACAACGCCCUACCACAAUUAACAUGAAUAAGCCAAACAAUAAGAAAGUGAGGUCACAAUGGACAGACCAAGAUAACAGCUGAGGAUGGACAGUGGCGUCUGAUUGGGUGACAACAAAAACAUGCUGGGUCACACUCCUGUUGAAAACCAGGAGGAGAAAAGCACUUGUACUAUAGCGGUACAUACAAAAACCACACCACUUAGACAGUACAGAGUAGAUAGCUGCAGCACACACCACAAGUCCAAUGCAAGCUAACUUUACUUCACAUCGUCCGAUGGAGUCUGCUUGCUGCAUCGGAGCUGUGGAGUGUGCAAGUGUACGUAUUUUCCUAUCCGGUACAAAGUGGAAGUGGUGUUGAUCCUUCUCCUGGCACUUGGUCAGUCUGUUAGCCUACAUAUGCUCUGGGUGGUUCUGCAAACGUUUGAUGAACUCUGUGAUCGGAUGGCCCUGGUAGCAGAUCUGGUACACAGCGUUGAAUAGUGGGAACCUGGGACGGGAGGGAGGGAGGGAGGGAUUGUUGAGUUGUCACAGUCUUUGUCCUUUGAGAAUAACUGCAUUGUUUUGACCAUUUCAUAUUUAUCCUUUUAUCUGCAUUUAACUGAGGUGACAGAGCAAGAGGUUUUUGGUAAGUGAAUCAUCACAUUUAAUGUAUAAUCAGUUUCUUCAAUGGGUGAAAGAGUGGUUUGAUUUCUGUGCCUACUUGUCAAGCAGAUUUUUGUUCUUUAGGAUAACAUGGACUUCAGCUGCUGUUGCUGGUCCCUGGAGCUUCUGUCCAUUCAGCAUCUCUUUCUCCAGCUCUUCAAUUGACUGAGCAGAAUACAGACAUGGCAGUUAAGUCAAGACUACUAUUGUAGUAUUACACCACUCUCCAAAACAACAUUGAAAUGAAACUCACUCUCUUUACUUUACUAACUUUAUCUGUGGCCCCCUUUAUUUUCAAACCUAAUAAUUACAGCGUUCAUCUACUGUAUUUUUCCCCCUUCCAAUCCUAAAUGCUAUAAUUCAAACCUUCAUUUUUAUAUCGACCCUAAAAGCCAAUUAGUAACGUCCCCUCUCACCUUCCCCCCUUUAGCAAAGGCUUCGGCCACUUUGCGGUUGCGGCCGCCGUAGCAGGUCGUGAUGAGGUCGGCAACGCCACAGCUCUCCAGGAAGGUGGCAGAGGAGACGGGCCCGGCAGUGCAGAAGAUUCGUGCGAAGGCGAUCAUCUCCAUCAGGCCCAGCCGGAUCACCGCCGCCUUCGUGUUGUCCCCGAAGCCCAGGCCGUCACAGAAGCCCGCCCCCACCGCCACAAUGUUCUGACAGCCGCAGAGGUUAAUGGCUUCAACACAUUAGGGCAGUAAUUUCUUACAAGCACACUUUCUCUCGUCUAGCCCUCUUCUCACUACCCUUUUAUGUUUUCAGUAAGAAGUAGAUUAAUUGAGAUUCAGACAUCGAGACAACAUGACUAGACAUGAAGUAAGACGAGGCCAAGCAGAAUCUCUUAACGGUUGAGUGCUCACCUUCAGUGCUCCACAGAUUUCAACCACAUCGGACUCCUCCACUACCGUGACCCGGAAGUUACUGGUCUGCAUGAGUUCCUUCAGCAAAGCCCCAUGUUUUGUAUUCUUACAUCCUGGGGAGAGAGGGAGAAUGAGAAAUGACCCUUUUCGAUCCUAACAUCCGUAUCUUUCACAACCACCCCGUUCAAAUACUUCACCACUCUUGUAUUGUCAUGCUUAGUGCUGGAGUUUUUCCAGACCACGUGGCUUAACCCAGAAAACUCAAGGUCCACUCAGGGCCCAGACUUAUAGGCUAGGGCACAGUGUUUUCAUGGGCAGGUCACACAGUAAGGAACAACUUGGCCCUAGACAUGCUCAAUGUCAUGUUUCAAAUACACAGUACAGAAAUGACAUACCAGAGUUCACUAGUGCUGCAUACAAUUACAAGUGUACAGAACUACCGUAAAAUAAGCCAGCUCACUCUCUGUAAUGUAAACAGCCAGACUUUUACCCCCAUGCUGACAUGGCAGUCUUGAGCAGAGACAUUGUUUUAUUGCAGGUUGAUUAAAUCUGGCAAAGGCUGUCCUUACAAAAACAAGUUUUGCCUAUUUACUUUUUUCUACUCCAGUUCAGUCUCUAACAACUAAACGUCUAACAUCUAUGGUGAACACCUUUACUAAUGUCUACACACACACUGACAAAAUGGACCAACUCUCAAAACAGUUUAUAUUAAUGCCUUACUUUUCAGUUUGCACUGUGCUGUAUAAUCUACCCAAACUAUUAAGAGGCAUUUUCAGGAAGGGAAAAAGACAAGGGACAGCACGCCAUUCAAACGUACAGUGGGGAGAACAAGUAUUUGAUACACUGCCGAUUUUGCAGGUUUUCCUACUUACAAAGCAUGUAGAGGUCUGUAAUUGUUUAUCAUAGGUACACUUCAACUGUGAGAGACGGAAUCUAAAACAAAAAUCCAGAAAAUCACAUUGUAUGAUUUUUAAGUAAUUAAUUUGCAUUUUAUUGCAUGACAUAAGUAUUUGAUCACCUACCAACCAGUAAGAAUUCCGGCUCUCACAGACAGUUUUUCUUUAAGAAGCCCUCCUGUUCUCCACUCAUUACCUGUAUUAACUGCACCUGUUUGAACUCGUUACCUGUAUAAAAGACACCUGUCCACACACUCAAUCAAACAGACUCCAACCUCUCCACAAUGGCCAAGACCAGAGAGCUGUGUAAGGACAUCAGGGAUAAAAUUGUAGACCUGCACAAGGCUGGGAUGGGCUACAGGACAAUAGGCAAGCAGCUUGGUGAGAAGGCAACAACUGUUGGCGCAAUUAUUAGAAAAUGGAAGAAGUUCAAGAUGACGGUCAAUCACCCUCGGUCUGGGGCUCCAUGCAAGAUCUCACCUCGUGGGGCAUCAAUGAUCAUGAGGAAGGUGAGGGAUCAGCCCAGAACUACACGGCAGGACCUGGUCAAUGACCUGAAGAGAGCUGGGACCACAGUCUCAAAGAAAACCAUUAGCAACACACUACGCCGUCAUGGAUUAAAAUCCUGCAGCGCACACAAGGUCCCCCUGCUCAAGCCAGCGCAUGUCCAGGCCCGUCUGAAGUUUGUCAUAGACCAUCUGGAUGAUCCAGAGGAGGAAUGGGAGAAGGUCAUGUGGUCUGAUGAGACAAAAAUAUAGCUUUUUGGUCUAAACUCCACUCGCCGUGUUUGGAGGAAGAAGAAGGAUGAGUACAACCCCAAGAACAUCAUCCCAACCGUGAAGCAUGGAGGUGGAAACAUCAUUCUUUGGGGAUGCUUUUCUUCAAAGGGGACAGGACGACUGCACCGUAUUGAGGGGAGGAUGGAUGGGGCCAUGUAUCGCGAGAUCUUGGCCAACAACCUCCUUCCCUCAGUAAGAGCAUUGAAGAUGGGUCGUGGCUGGGUCUUCCAGCAUGACAACGACCCGAAACACACAGCCAGGGCAACUAAGGAUUGGCUCCGUAAGAAACAUCUCAAGGUCCUGGAGUGGCCUAGCCAGUCUCCAGACCUGAACCCAAUAGAAAAUCUUUGGAGGGAGCUGAAAGUCCGUAUUACCCAGCGACAGCCCCGAAACCUGAAGGAUCUGGAGAAGGUCUGUAUGGAGGAGUGGGCCAAAAUCCCUGCUGCAGUGUGUGCAAACCUGGUCAAGACCUACAGGAAACGUAUGAUCUCUGUAAUUGCAAACAAAGGUUUCUGUACCAAAUAUUAAGUUCUGCUUUUCUGAUGUAUCAAAUACUUAUGUCCUGCAAUAAAAUGCAAAUUAAUUACUUAAAAAUCAUACAAUGUGAUUUUCUGGAUUUUUGUUUUAGAUUCCGUCUCUCACAGUUGAAGUGUACCUAUGAUAAAAAUUACAGACCUCUACAUGCUUUGUAAGUAGGAAAACCUGCAAAAUCGGCAGUGUAUCAAAUACUUGUUCUCCCCACUGUAUGUAAUGAUAACCCAGCCCACAAAGUUCAUUUUCACAAGGUUAAUUUUCUCUCCUAAGUAAAUGUUCCCCUUAACCCCAUGAGUCUAACCGAUAGUGGUCUCACAGAACUUCUCAUCGGCGACUUCGUUGGCGAUGUUGGCCCCCAUCAACACACUCAUGGUGAUGCCCAGCUUCUCCUGGAUCACAUCAGAGAUGAGCUUCAGCCCAUCUGGACCCUCAUCCACACCCUGGAGUAG